UAUUCAGAAUACUACAUUUUAAACUGAAACAAUAAAAUUCUAUUCGAGCCGAAAGAGAUCGAGAAUUAGGGUUUUAGCGUUUCUCGAAGAAGCGAAAAGAUGAGCAGAAGUUUGGGUAUACCGGUAAAGCUACUCCAUGAAGCCUCCGGUCACGUCGUCACGGUGGAGCUAAAGAGCGGCGAACUCUAUAGAGGUAACAUGAUCGAGUGCGAAGAUAACUGGAACUGUCAACUCGAAAGCAUCACUUACACUGCUAAGGAUGGGAAAACAUCACAACUUGAGCAUGUCUUUAUUCGAGGUAGCAAAGUCAGGUUUAUGGUCAUACCGGACAUGUUGAAGAACGCUCCUAUGUUUAAGCGUUUGGAUGCAAGAAUCAAGGGUAAGGGUGCAUCACUUGAUGUUGGUAGAGGCAGAGCAGUUGCAAUGCGAGCUAAGGCUCAAGCUGCUGGCCGCGGAGCUCCACCUGGUAGGGGUGUACCACCGGUGCGGAGGUGAUCAUCAUAUACCGUCUCUAUUAUCAGUGUCUGUUGGACAUGAUAUUUAGUUCUGUUGUAGAAGUUUGUGAUAGAAUGAAAUUCAAAUUUGAACUGCUUAUCCAGAAUUAACAGACCACUCUUUAUGGAUGGUACUGAAUGCCAAAUUUAUUCUCAUCCUCUAAUUUUGAUGACCUGCUAUUAUCAAUUUUCAUAAUUAGUUCAAAAUGGUA